AAUAAAUCCAAGUCCAAUCCGCUUGACUGCCUACCUAGUAGCUUCCCUCAAACAAAGAAACAAAAUACUCAAAAUGCCGGUCGUUCGCACUGCCAUGGGGCCAAGAGCCCAAUUGCGAUGGACACUCACUGCCAACAUCCGCAGCAGGACUUUUUCCUCACAGGUUUCCCGAGGCCGAAGCCGAAGCUACAGCGACGCAAUCGACCUGCUCAACACUCUUCAAACGCCAUUCAAGGUGUUCCAGGCCCGGGUCGCUGCCGGCGUUCGGCCCGAUGCCAGCUUCAUGACCGAGAUGCGCUCGUGUCUGGCACGCAUCGGCCACAGCCCACGUGAUCUAGACCGUCUCAACAUUGUGCACGUCGCCGGGACCAAAGGCAAGGGAACAGUCUGCGCAUACGUCGAUUCCAUCCUCAACCGGUGGCGGGCGUCGCAUGGCGUGCCGAGCAAGCUGGGGCUGCUCACCAGCCCGCACUUGAUCUCGGUCCGGGAGCGCAUCCGCAUCAACUCAAAGCCGGUCAGCGAGGACCUGUUUGCCAAGUACUUCUUCGAGGUAUGGGAUCGGUUGGAACAGAACCCACCCCAGGGAGCUGUCGGGGAUGUACCAAAUGAUGGGUCUGGUAGGAAAGACGACUGGCUGGAUCACUGGUCCGCAGGGAGCUACGCUGGCAAGCCCAUCUACGCGCGCUACCUUACCCUGAUGAGUUGGCACCUCUUCUUGUCCGAGGGUGUCGACCUUGCCGUCUACGAGACCGGCAUUGGCGGCGAGUAUGACGCCACCAACGUCGUCGAGAGGCCGCUGGCGACGGCCAUCACGACCCUCGGUAUAGAUCAUGUACAUGCACUUGGUGGGACGAUUGGGGAGAUUGCAUGGCACAAGGCUGGGAUCAUAAAGCCCGGUAGUGCGAACUACACGGUGAGGCAUGAGGCGUUUCUGGAAGCCGAAGACGUGUUGAAGGAGAGGGCAGCGGAGAAAGGCGCCGGGUUGGAGUUCCUGGAGAUUGACCCGAGGCUUGACGCGGUCAAAGUACAUCCGGAUAAGGAAUUCCAGAGGAAGAAUGCCACGCUGGGAGUUGCGCUUGCCGAAGCCGCGCUGGCCAAGCUUGACCCGGCAUUCACAGUCCAGGAGAGUCUUCCGCAAGAGUUUGUGGAGGGACUUGAGAAGGUUGUAUGGCGCGGACGCUGCGAGGUCAAGGAGGAAGACGAUGUCAGGUGGCACAUCGAUGGUGCGCAUACAUUGGAUAGUCUCAGGGUCGCGGGUGGAUGGUUCGCCGACGAGGUGAAAGACAAAUCUGGGCCUCGAGCACUUGUAUUCAACCAGCAAGGCCGCUCCGAGGCAACCGAAUUUCUAGAGGACUUUUGUGCUGCUACAAGGUCACCAGACGGCAAAGGAUUUGACCUUGUGAUCUUUUGCACAAAUCGAACACAUGCCGUGGAAGGCUUCAAGCAAGAGUUUGUCAACCAUACCGUCGACGCCGCCGAGGUAGGCAGCCUGAAGGUUCAACACGCAUUCGCCAAAAAGUGGCAUGAGCUAGACCCGAAUGUCGGCCAACUCAAAGUUGUUGGCAGUAUCGAAGAGGCUAUCCAAGCUGUGCGGCAGCUGGCCACUGAAACAACCACAUCUGCUGCGGGCAAAGGCCACCAACGGCCUGGUGAAGUUCAGGCACUAGUAACUGGAAGCAUACAUCUGAUAGGGGGCGCUCUGGAGAUCUUGGAAGGAGGGGCCAAGAUUCUUUAAACAACGCAUACUUCUCCAGGGGUUCUCAGAUCGCACAUGUUGUUUCAGAGCGACUUGGGACGGGCUCUUUGUGCCGUUUAAGCACCAGCAGCUUCAUUU